CUGCGGGGGGAGCCGGGGAGAGCAAUCGGCCGCCUAGCGGCGCUGCCUCAGCGGGGCAGGCGCGAGCGGCGCAUCGCGGAAGCAGCGGGCGGAGGCCAUACGGAGCGUGCGCCGGGGGCGGUGGCGAGGCGCUCUGCAGACCAGAGCAAUCGAGGGCGGCAGCAGCUCUGGCUCGCGGGCAUGGCGGCGGGCGGGCUGCGGCGGCGCCUGGUGCACCUGGACCUCAAGGGCGCGCCGCCGCGCGCCUCCUACGUGGUGGAGGUGCUGCCGCUGCUCCGCGCCCUGGGCGCCACCGGGCUGCUGCUGGAGUACGAGGACACGUUUCCCUACGCGGGGGCGCUGGAGCCGCUGCGAGCGCAGCACGCUUACAGUGCCGAGGAAAUCCGGGCGGUUCUACGGCUGGCCAAGGCGCAGGGGCUGGAGGUGGUGCCGCUGGUGCAGACCUUCGGGCACCUGGAGUUCGUACUGAAGCACAAGGAGUUCGCUCAUCUCCGGGAGGUGAAGACGUUUCCCAACGCCCUCAACCCACACAAGGAGGAGUCCCGGGCUUUGGUCAAAGCCAUGAUUGACCAUGUCAUGACACUGCAUGAAGACUUAAAAUGGUUUCAUAUAGGAUGUGAUGAGGUCUACUACCUUGGUGAAGGAGAGGAGUCAAAACAGUGGCUGCAGCAACAAGAGAACACUCCGGAGAAGCUGUGCUUGUCCCACAUAAAAGCAGUUGCGAAUUGUAUCGCCUCAUCUUAUCCUACCGUGACACCUAUUGUGUGGGAUGAUAUGCUGAGAGGAAUUAGUGAGGAAAUAUUGUCAGAGUCUGGGGUCCCACAGCUUGUGGAGCCAAUGAUAUGGGACUAUGCCGCAGACCUUGAUGUGGAGAGCAAAGUGCUUCUCAUAGAGAAGUAUCGUAGAUGUGGCUUCUCCAAGGUGUGGUUUGCUAGUGCUUUCAAAGGAGCUACAGGAGUGAAUCAGUCUCUAACUCUUAUAGGACAUCACUUAAAAAACCAUCUUCAGUGGCUGAAAGUGGCAAGCCAUAGCCCUGCAGAUGUGCUUCAAGGUAUUGCACUGACUGGCUGGCAAAGGUAUGAUCACUUCUCUGUUUUGUGUGAGCUCUUCCCUGUGGGGAUUCCAUCACUGGGUAUAUGCCUACAGGCACUAAAGAAUGGUGGCUAUUCUGAAAAGGUUAAAGAAAAUGUGGAAAAGCUUCUGGGAAUGUCUAAUCUGGAAACUGAUACUUUCAUGAGCACAAGUUUGGGGACCUUUCCAGGAAGCAACAUCCUCACACUUGUGACGCAAGUUAGUUUCUACCUCAGAUCAUCAAUAGAUGAACUUCUCGAAAGGAACAGAUAUGUCACGGGCUGGUUCAGUCCCUACCACAGAAAGAGGAAAAUUAUUCACCCUAUAAUAAUGCAUCACUUUCAGCCAGAUGCAGUAAGUCUUCUAUCCAAGUGGAAUGCUGUGGUGCAAGAUCUCCAAGCAGCCAUGGAGCAAGUUUUCCACAAGUGUACUAUAGAUGAGUGGAUGGAGGAGAACGUCCACCCCAGCCUACAAAAGCUGCAGCAAGUGGUGGAUGAUUUAGAUAAGGCAAUAAAAGCUCAAAGUUAAGAGUGUCCUAAUUGCAGUCUGUCUUGUAUAGGGAACUUAGCUAGUAGAGGUCUGCAGCUAAACAAAAUUUGUCAUCUUAAGAGUUGAAGCAACAACUGUCAUUAAACAAAAAUGACCUGAAAGCAUAAAAGAAUGUUAGUGUAAUAGCUGCAACUUUUUUUUUUUUUCCUCCUCUGAAUCUUAAAUCACCUGCCCUGUAAAUAAUCAGAUCUGGACCCCUAUGUAACAGCAAGCAGGAGUGAGGCAGCAUUCAGCUGUAUAAGUCAGGAGAAAAACACAUUUUUCCAGAUUUGGUAUUUGUGGUAAUAAUGCAUUUUAUGUGCAACAACAACCUGAGGAAAUUCCACAAGUUCUAGUCAGUAGCCAGCAUGUCCUCUCCUUGCAACUUCUAUUAGGAAGAUUCAGAUACUUUGCAUGUGCUUUAUUUUGUAAUGUGACUCAUUCUCUAUCAGCUAUGUUCACAGAUGUAUCUUACCAUAGCAUCACAAGUCCCUCAGCAGCACAUAGCAGUGGAUUUGUUCUGUAUCAGAUUUUUAUCAGUUUUUGAAAUAUAUAAAACUAUCAGUCCUGAAUCCAGCUCUGGUUCAGCUUCAGAUCAGAAGAUGAAAGUGCUUGCUCAGACUUCUUCAGAAAGCCAGAAUUGCUGCACAGGGGAGGUACAUGACAGUACACAGCAUGAUAGAGCUUCAGGAGAGGAGCUUGUUACCAGUAGUUAAGACUGCCUUAACAUAUUGGGUUCUUGAAACUUCAUUAAACUUCAUCUAAGCGUAGUUUCAUGCCCACAGGAAAGCACCAUCCAAGUCACUUAAGGCAUAUACUGACUUAGCUAUGCAAAAAUCCGAUUGGAACUGCCGUUGCUUCUGUAUUUGAAGCAAAUCUAAAGUCUCCUGAAUUUCAAGGAAAAAUGCUAAGUUUCAUUCUGCUUUUAUGUUGAACAUUCAAUAAUUUUUAGCGAUACCACUGAGACGAUCACUGCAAGGGAAAAUAAAUCUCACCUACUUUGUUGCUUUCUUGAAAGUCUUCUAUUUAAGCAGCACACACAUGGACAUUUUCUUGAAACAAUAUAUUUUAACAGUACUAUGAUCUAGCUACUGAAAGUGCAAGAAGUGCAGUGUAAGACAAAUCUUUAACUGCUGUUAUAUGAGAAAAAGCUACAAGAGUUAACUUCAUAUGCAGAUCUUUAAUUAACAAAAAUUGAUUGCCAUGUACAUUUUAAUUAAAGUCACAUACUUUGGGACUAAAUAGGAACUGAACAACAUCUUAGUUUAUCACCAUAAUAAAUCCUUCCAUAUUCAAAACAGUAUCUUUUUUGAAACCUGCCCUUGUUUUGCAAGUGGCUUGUCAGUUUGGUUUAAAGGGGAGAAAAAAAACAAACAAACAAAAAAAGACUAAGUAUAUUUACCAGUGAAGAG